AUGUGCCUUCCUGUCAAACCAGGAGAUCAUACAACGAGAGUUUCAUUCUUCGAAGCCCACACUCAUUCCAUGACCCGUUUGCUUUUCUUGCCUCUGAUUCUUAUUGCUUUGCUGUUCGUAAUAUGCAUGGCUGCUUCUUCUGGAUUCGCAACAUUGAUGAUUGGAAGAGCGAUUGUUGGAACUGGUCUGGGAGUAUCUUCCAUGUCGAUUCCGCUGUAUUUAUCCGAAUGUGCGCCGUCGGAUGUCAGAGGCAAAAUUGUGACUGUAAAUAACCUCUCGAUCACGGGCGGUCAACUUAUCGCUGCUCUCAUCGACGGGGCAUUUAGUAAAGUCCCUGGUGGUUGGCGCUGGAUGCUCGGUCUUGCCUUCAUUCCUGCUGUGAUACAGUUCUUGGGCUUCAUAUUUCUUAUGCCGGAAUCCCCCCGUUACAUCAUCGAGCACAAAACAUACUACGAAGCAAAAGAAGUCCUUGCCAAGAUUCGAGCUGACGAUGACGUCGAUGAAGAGCUCGACGAGAUGAAGCGGGAAGUAGAAUUGAACAAGCACUCGAAUUGGCGCGAUCUUUUCAAAACAAAAAAUGGAAGACACGCGAGUUUCAUCGGAUGUUGCCUGCAAUUAUUCCAGCAGCUUGUCGGGAUAAAUACGGUCAUGUACUACAGUGCGACUAUUAUUUACAUGUCUGGAAUGGUAACAAAUCCAUCCGCUGCAAUCUGGCUCGCCGCACUUACAGCUUCAGUUAAUUUCGGCGCCACUCUCAUCGGCUUGUUUUCGAUAGAGCGAAUCGGUCGUCGAAUUCUAGCUCUCAUUUCUGUCGCUGGGAGCUUUGCUAGCCUUCUUUUACUCUCAGGUGGCUUUUACUGGAACGAUUCUCUGGAAGAAAAAGUCACGAGCAAUGGAACGGACGCACACUGCAACUCUUACUUCAAUGAAAUUUGUGGAAAUUGCGUUUCCGACGCCUCCUGUGGAUUUUGCUCUCAAAACGGCGUACAAAGCUGUCUACCAGUCAACCAAUCGACUUGCACAAAUGAUAAUGGCUCGUUUUGGUCGGAAGAGUACUGCCCAAAAACUACUGCUUCGUGGAUGCCUCUUCUCGGCAUGAUUUUAUAUUUGUUUUUCUUCGCGUCUGGAAUGGGACCCGUUCCAUGGGCAGUCAACUCCGAGAUUUUUCCGCAUAGUUGUCGGGAGGCAGGGAUAGCCUUGUCAACUACAGUCAACUGGCUCUCCAACUGCAUCAUCUCUCUGACUUUUUUAUCCUUACUCGAAGCGGUCGGAACAGCUGGCGGAUUUCUAGUGUACUCAAUCUUCGCACUAGUAGCUCUUAUCGUCUUGUUCUUAUUUCUUCCCGAAACAAAAAGCGUGCCGCUAGAAGACAUCGCCGAAGUCCUCGAAGAAGGAUGGAUCGUUCCUUUCAAAAGAAGCUGCAAUCCAGAAGAAAACGACUUACAGGUCUUAGUUGAUGACACUGACGACUGA